UCUUUUGACGCCAAAUAAUCGCCGUUGUAAAAACAAUCCCUUAUUUAUCAAUUUCAUUCCUUCUCAUUACAUUUUUUCUUUUCUAAUUUUUUUUCCACCUAGUACUCUAUCCUUUUCUCUGUCUCCGUUUCAGAAUUCUACGCGUCCGAUUUCGGUUUUCUUUUUUAAUUGUUCCUACUUCUGGAAAUCGACAGAUCGAAAUUGUUGUAUGUCGGUGGCAUUAUGCGGCGAUUGGUUGACAACGCCCUCGCUGUUACCAAAGAGUCAGUGAAGACUUUUACAUAUGAGUCUUUGAACAAUAUUGCAAGGUUGAUAAAUGGAGUGUCUGCACUUCUAUUGGCCAUUCUUCUUGGAAAGUCGAAUAUUCUUGAAGGUGCUCAAGGAUGGGAGCUUAGGCCAACUUUUCAUGGACCUCGGUUUCCACGCUGGAUGGAAAAUGGUGUUUCCUCAUUCAACCAGUUCAUCCAUGAGCUUUCUGUGGAUUCUGAUUCUUCAAGUGUAGACUAUGCUUCUGCAGAAGAUGAACCUGAUGAAAUAUACCGUUCAACACCUUCAUCACCUUUAUCUGAUGGAUCAGGAACCUGCAGGACAAGCGCUCACAUCAAUCAUGAUCCACACUGGACAAACUGGGUGGCGUAUAUAUUUUCUUGGAUUUUGUUACCUGCUAGGUUUUUGCUGAGGAUACCAUUUCUUCUUUUCCGUUUGUUAAGUAGUCAGGAAUUGAAGGCUUCUUUAGAUACAGGAAGCCCCCGUCCUAGGACUUUCCAUCCCUUUAGGAAAGUACACAGCUCAAAGGACCAUGUUGUCCAGCGCACCAUUGACAGGAGACGUGGAGUCAUUGAGGACCUUCAUCUGGCAAUUGAGAUUUUCAUAGAAGCCAUAUUUGAUAUGUUCCACAAGGCUGCAUAUUUUGUGUUCUCCCCGUUCGCAGCUUUCAGAAUCUUUGGAAAAUGGUUCUCAUCUCCUAGUGCUGGUGAUAAGGAUAUUGACGAUAAUGUCUCAAAUGCUUCAGUUCCCACUGCUACUCUUGGAGCUAAUGAUCCUUCUCCUAGAGAAAGGAAUCUUACACUUCACCAUACUCUUAAUACUGAUGCGCGGACUUGUCGAGAUGUCAUAACAGAGCUUGGGUAUCCAUAUGAAGCUAUUCAUGUCAUCACUUCUGAUGGAUAUGUUAUCCUUUUAGAAAGAUUACCAAGGCGUGAUGCACGGAAGGCUGUCUUUUUACAGCAUGGUAUUUUGGAUUCGUCUAUGGGUUGGGUUUCCAAUGGCGUUGUUGGUUCUCCAGCUUUUGCAGCAUUUGAUCAAGGCUAUGAUGUCUUCCUUGGGAAUUUUCGUGGCUUAGUCUCUAGAGAGCAUGUGGAUAAAAAUAUCUCCUUAAGGCAAUAUUGGCGAUUCUCCAUAAAUGAACACGGGACAGAGGAUAUUCCAGCUAUGAUAGAGAAGAUUCACGAGGUCAAAACUGCUGAAUUGAAACUUGGCCAUCCCAAUGAAGAAACAAAUGAUGAGCAGCCGUACAAACUUUGUGCAAUCUCUCACAGCAUGGGUGGAGCUGCUAUGCUGAUGUAUGUUAUAAUACGCCGGAUUGAAGAGAAACCUCACAGGCUCUCAAGAUUAGUUUUGCUUUCGCCUGCAGGCUUCCAUGAUGAAACUAGUUUUUUAUUUACAGUGGCGCACUAUAUAUGUCUUCUUUUGGCUCCUAUCCUUGCACUUUUUGUGCCUGCCUUAUAUAUACCCACCAGGUUCUUUCGGAUGCUGUUCAACAAGUUGGUCAGGGACUUCCAUAACUACCCUGCGGUUGGGGGACUGGUUCAAACUAUAUUGAGUUACGGCUUCGGUGGAGAUAGCUCAAAUUGGGUUGGGGUGCUGGGGUUACCUCAUUAUAACAUGAAUGACAUGCCAGGCCUGUCAUUUCGUGUGAUUCACCACCUUGCACAAAUAAAGAGAACGAAGAAAUUUAGAAUGUAUGAUUUCGGGAGUAAAGCAGUCAAUAUGGAGGUGUAUGGAUCACCAGAACCGAUAGACUUGGGGGAAUAUUAUUCACUUAUUGAUAUUCCGGUCGAUUUAGUGGCUGGGAAGAAGGACCAGAUAAUCACUUCAUCGAUGGUUAAGAAGCACUAUAGAUUGAUGAAGGAUUCAGGUGUAGACGUAUCAUACAAUGAAUUCGAGUAUGGACACUUAGACUUCACAUUUGCCCACCACGAAGAACUCUUAGCAUUCGUGAUGUCGCGGCUGCUGCUUGUGGAGCCUGAUCUGAAGCUCCAGUCUAGUCCGAAGAAGGCUCUAAAGUUGAAAAAAACAGGGCAAGCUAGGUCUGGAGUCUCCUCCGAUUGAUCCAUCAUCGAUCAAGUACGUACAAAAACCAUGCAUUUCCAUGUGUUUUAGCUUUUGGAUUUGGCAUGUAUCUUGUUGUAUUGAAUGUUUUGGAUGCUUGGUAGAUGCUUUUUUGUUGUACGUGAGUGAAUAGUUGGAUCAUCAAAGACAUCUUUUACAUCAUUGUAAUUAGUGAAAGAGCCAUUGCAUUAUAUACAUACAUACAUACAUAUA